AUGUGGCGGGUGAAAGUAGCGGCGGCGGGGGAGGUGGUGGGCCUACGAAUUUGUGUGAAUGGGGUGUUGCUUCCUAUGGUGGAGGAUUGUUGGUUGUCGAAGUUGAUGCGUUUUUUGACUGCCGGUUCCGAAGAUGCAAGUGGUGCAGGUUUUUCGCGUGCUGGAGUGAGGGAGCAUAUCUGUGCAAAUCCUCAAACGCGUGAAUUUCGAUUUGGCAUGGAAGUGGAGGAGGCACCUCUUCUUCAAACUCCUCAACUAAAGAGCCAAUUGAAUUCGUACGGGCCAACUUGGUACAGCGGGGUUUCUAGCCGCACCUUUGCUCCGGUAAGGUUGAACAGUGACCUAAUACAUCGGAGCCGCACAAUGUACAGAAACACAAAGAGCGAAGGAACUAUGAAUAACCAGCAACUCAGUAAAUUUGGCUAA